ACAGACUGAAAUAUUCUAAGAUGUCCAACUCAAGCGUAAAUGCUUCAGGAAACAACUGCACUAACAGCUCAAUAAUAACUACUCAUGUCAUUCCAGUGGCUUAUGGAUUUAUUUUCAUAGGAGGAAUCCUGUUAAACGGUGUAGCAGCAUGGAUUUUUCUACAUGUUCCUAGCAAGAAAAGCUUUGUCGUCUAUCUCAAGAACAUUGUUGUUGCCGACCUUCUUAUGAGUCUGACUUUCCCCUUCAAAAUUCUUAGUGAUUCAGAAAUUGGGCCUUGGCAGCUCAACAUUUUUGUCUGCCGAUUUUCUGCUGUUAUUUUUUACCUAAAUAUGUACGUUGGAAUAAUAUUUUUUGGCCUCAUAGGGUUUGACAGAUACUACAAAAUUGUAAAGCCUCUGCUUACCUCCUUUGUUCACACAGUUAAUUACAGCAAGAUUAUCUCUGUAGUCAUAUGGGCAUUGCUCAUGUUUUUAUCAUUUCCAAAUAUUAUUUUAACUAAUCAACAUCCUACAGAGAAGAAUUCCAGAAAGUGUGUAACUUUUAAAAGUGAGCUUGGUCUACAGUGGCAUAAGGCUUCAAACUAUAUUUGCCUAGGAAUUUUCUGGACUGUGUUUCUUCUGUUAAUCAUUUUUUACAGUGCAAUAACAAGAAAAAUAUAUAGUUCCUACAGAAAGUUCAGGAGAAAUUCAACAGUAACUAAGGAAAAAAUCAAUCGCAAUAUAUUCAGCAUCAUGUUUGUAUUUGUCAUUUGUUUUGUGCCAUAUCAUCUUUGCAGACUUCCAUACACAUUAAGUCAAACUGGGUCUCAGUUCUCCUGUCAGUCAAGCAAAAAUCUGUACUAUGGAAAAGAAUUUACUCUGUUACUGUCUGCUGCAAAUGUGUGCCUUGAUCCCAUUAUUUAUUUAUUUCUCUGUAAGCCCUUUAGAGAAAAGUUAUACCAAAAACUGCAUCUCAAGCUGACAACUUCAGGUGAAAUAGAAAACUCUAGAUCCAGAAGGUCAAACACUACAUGACAGCAUAAUUAUUUCAGACAUUCACAUAUCCCUUAUAAGAUACAGUAUGGAAAAUUAUUCCAGUUUGCAAAGCAGUUAACAAAGGAAUUGGAUAAACGAAGAGCAGGUGCAACAAUAAACACAAGGUGUCAAUUUAAAAAGCAUUUCAGCUGUUUGUUUUCCAUAUUAAAAAGUAUUACCACAUAUCGUACUAUGCACUACUUCCAGAUUACUUCAAACUAUAACUUCUUAUAAUGGAAUAUAUUAGUUGUCUGUGGCCUAGGACAGGCAGGAGAAUGACUGGAGUAGAAAGCUGGAUAUCCAGGCCAGGGUUCUAUGCGAGGGGCAAGGAUUAACCAGCAGAACUACGCAACAGCUGCAGCCUGUUAGCCUCCAUAAACCAACCUGGAGCACAUAAGAAGUGCAAGCUAGCAACAAGGGCUUGGGAGUGACUGAAUAGCAAAGCUGGACAAAAAAUUUUGGACAAAGCUUACUCCACGAAAAAUGCAGUUUCAGUUGCCUUCCAACUAUUCGUGAAUUUGACACAAAUAUAGUUUUGGGCAUUCACAAAAUGGCUAGAGGAAGGAGGAGGAGAAAGAUGAGGAGGUAGUGACGCUAUUGUGCUGGUGACACUAUCCCCCACUCAUAACCUUUAGCCCAGUGGUUGGGGCACCCAUCAUGAAUGUGAUAGACCCAGGUUCAAAUUCUCACUCUGGAACAGACUUUUUGAUUCAACAAUUUCAACUCAAACUGAUUUUUUUCCCCUAUUUUUUGCAACUGACGUUGGAUUUAAAAAAAACAGUUGUUUGCCCAGCUCAGGGAUGGAGGAGAUCUUCUACCACUUCUGACUUCAGCAUCAGACUGUUUUGGAAUGGCUGAUAGAGGCCAAGUCAGAGUACUCAGCCCCUGAAGGGAAGAGAGAGCCCUGUAUUAAUCUCUACCAAAAUGAAGAGCUGAGAUGAAGGAUUCUGGAGACGGCUCCACCCAGCCAACCGUAGGACAGUUGAAGGAAAAUAGGAAAGAAUAAAGGUGUAACAAAGCUCAGAUCCUCAAGGCUCUAUGUAGAGCUUGGGGAAUCCUAGAAUGAUUUAGCCACAAGAGGUAAUUUUAUAGUACAUGAAAAUCUAUUUGAAAUCUUUAUGGAAAAUUCCUAUCUAAUUUAAGAGUCUGAGUCAUUACUAUAUGUACAGGAUGAACAAUCCCCGUCUAGCAUGCAGUUUAGGCUUCACCAGAGACCCUGCAAGGCAAAGUGGGUGUGACUUCACUAACAGUGAAUUUUUAGGAAGUGAGGAAAGUCUACUGAAACUAGCUGUUUGUACCUAAAACUCGGAGCUAUUAGUUUCUCUUUAAAACAGGACAUUUGUGUACCUGGAAAGAAUGAUUUUGUAUUUUUGCUUUGUUUCUGGCACUAUGUUACAUUGUUUUUCUUUGUACAAAAGGCUGAAAACUACCCAUAUUUCAUUUAU